GUUUUAUUUUAUAUCCGCUGCUUCUGGUACUCAUUUAUGCCAUUCACAACACACUCCAACGACAGAGACCAAACGUCCGGGAUACAGAAACUGUUAGGGAAAGAAAUUGGGAAAAACGUUGGAGAUCUGUUCAAGAAGAACACGAGCAUUCUGAACUUAACGCCCAGCGAAUAUCUGGCCAGCAUCAACAAGCGCAACGUCCCUGGGGACACAGACGACCCAGCGCUAGACACCACCGAUCUCUUCUCGUGA